CAAACACAAGAAGAAUAGUAUCAUGUAUUUUGGUAACGAGACACCUUUCCACUUAAAGCCCAUUCCGAAUCGUGGGCUACGCAAGCAUGAGGCUGAUGCGUUUUUCCACUACCCAGGGUACAAACAUCCACUAUCCUCGGAGGCUCUGAAAGAGGAGUGUAACCCUUUUUAUAUUAGUGAGGAGCACCGCCUCCACCCUUUGCUCACUCCGGAGGAUGAAAUCCGGCAUUCGGCUCGGGUUCAACAGGAGAAGCGGGAUAAGAUAAUUGAGAUUCGUCGCCAGCGUCAGCUCUUUGAGUCGAAGAAACUGCAAGAAAAGCGUGAAAAUGAAUUCCAACAACAGCAGGAGCGUGCGGCACAGCUGGUGGGCAGGUCGAUACGAAACUAUGGCUCUGACUUUCGCGAUACUAUCACGCACCAUUGCCAGACCGUUGAUUCAAAGAAGCAGUGUGAUUAUGAUGAGGCUAUGAUGAAGCACCGGUACCACUUAAGGCAGCAAAAGAUUGAUAGGGCUACUAACUCCCGAUUUAACAUUCUCUCGUGGGAGCCUCGAAAAGAGGUGUACGUCCCACCCAAACCUGUUCUAGACGAAUAG